AUGGCACAACAGAAUCUUCCAGGCUACUACGCGCGAGGCCACUCUGACUUCACCAUCGCAACGCAGCAGCGACGCACCGCCGAGAAGGAUGCAGGCUUUCUCCUACCACAUAUCAAGAAGACCGAUCGCAUCCUCGAUGUCGGCUGUGGGCCUGGUACAAUCACCGUGGGUCUAGCCAAGUACGCCAGCGAAGGGUCGACGAUUGGCAUCGACAUCUCGACGGAGGUCUUGCAGAAGGCGAAGAACGCAGCAGCCGAUGCCAACAUGCCUAACGACGGGCCUGGCUCUCUCAUCUUCCAGGAAGGCAAUAUUCUCGAAGGGCUUGCGUACCCUGACGAUACAUUCGAUGUGAUAUUCAGCUCGCAGGUCCUCGGCCACUUCCCGCCGCCAGAGAUGCCUCUCCGUGCGUUGAUCGAGAUGCGACGUCUCCUGAAACCAGGCGGUGUUCUCGCCUCGCGCGAUGCUGCAGCUUCCCAUAGCUACCCGAAAAGCCUGGAGCUUGAUAGAUUGUACAACCAGAACCAGUUCCGCGCAUCGCGCAAGGGCAAGCCUGAGGCGGACCCCACAGGGACAAUCAUGCCCACGCUUUACCGCCGCGCUGGUUUCGAAGCCGACGGAGGCAAGGUUCGUAUUGGUGCUGGAGCGUGGGUCGUCUCAGGGGCAGAGACUCGGAAGUGGUUGGCCUGGCGCAUUGCUGGCCAGCUACAGCCCGGAGAUCCCUUCCGUCAGACCUGGCUGGAUGCAGGGAUUCCCGAGGAGGAGAUCGAACAGGCUGUGAGUGCUGUGAAGCAGUGGGCAGAGACGGAAGAUGCUUGGUCUGUAUCAGUGCAGUGCGAGAUGCUCGCAUGGAAAUGA